GUUGAAUCGUUGACGCAGGCGGGCUCGUGGUGGCAAGAGGAUUCGCGGGAAACGUGUAAAAUCAAACGUGCGGAGCUUGAAGGCGCGCGGUGGGUCUUUCCGUGAACCGCACGCGCUUCCCGGGCAGAGAGCGGCGGUUGCGCGCGCGCGCGCGCGCUAGUACGUAGCAGCCUCGCGGCGGCGAAGGGACAAGAACGGAGCGGGAGAAAUGGCGGAGCGGCCAGAGGACCUGAACCUUCCCAACGCGGUGAUCACCCGCAUCAUCAAGGAGGCGCUCCCAGAUGGGGUGAACGUGUAAGAGGCCCGGCGCGCCAUCUCCCAGGCGGCCAGCGUCUUCGUGCUGUAUGCGACCUCCUGCGCCAAUAACUUUGCCAUGAAGGCCAAGAGGAAGACGCUGAACGCAGGAGACGUGCUGGCAGCCAUGGAGGAGAUGGAGUUUGAGCGAUUCCUGGAGCCGCUGCGGGACGCUCUGGAAGUGUACAAGAAAGACCAGCGGGGGAGGAAGGAGGUGAGCGAACAGAAACGCAGAGACAAGGAGAGGAAGGCCGACUCCGAGAACGACAAGAGCAGAGAGGAAGAGGAGGAAGAGGAGCAGCAGCGCAUGGAGGAGGAGCCUGAGGAGGAAGCUGAGGAAGAGGAGGAGGACAACUGACCGUCCAACAGACUCGCUCGGUUCUGAUCCGGUUCAGGCAUUUUAACAGGAAAGCUUCAGCUGAACAACUCCAGACCGGAAUUAUCCGGACCGGAGUAGUUUGCCACUUUCUCCACAUCUGUCAGGAAUAAAGGAGCCGGACCGCCGCGCUGGAGCGGUUCUGAUGUUCUCCAUGUGGGUCAGAAUCGUAGUUUUCAUCAGUUUGUAUUUUUGUAAACUUGUUUAUGGCUGAAAUAUUUCAAUAAAUGUUUUGUAUAAAACUGAAA